CAUGCUCACGCAGAAUCGCGCGCAGCAGGCGGAUGCGCGCAUACACUCUCUCUCACACACACAUACACACACACACACACACACACACACACUCACACAGUCUCUCACACACACACACAUACUCACACACCCUUCCUGGAGGUGCUGGGAGCAGCUGCAGCAUUAGCGUUGAAAGAGAUUUGCCGUUGACUGGAGUUUGCAUCCCCCCCCGUUAAUGAAUGGAUGCUACGGCGAUCAGCUCAGGAGCUUCUUCCGUCGGAUUGCGGGAUAUGGUGGAUAUCUAUUCUUGAAUUUAUUUAUUUAUUUCUAUGCUCUCCAUUUUUUUCUCCCCACCCUCUGCUGGUGUGCUGUUGUCGAAAGGACGAUGGGGUCUUGUGCUUGAUCGGAUAAAGAUGGAGGUGAACGUGGCGUCUCCGCUGCUUGGCAUACUAUUGAGGUUUCACUGCCCAUUAGGGUGAAUGGAGCUUUUAUUUCUGUGUUUUUUGAAGCGGGCUCUUUUGUUUUACGGGGAUCGGCCGAGCACUCCUGUGGUGAAUUGAGCUAUUGUCGAAGACUGGGCCUCUCUUAAGCUUUGAAUCUUUGACCAUCCAUCCGUCCCCUGCCUCUCUCCCCCUGCUACCUUCUACUCGAAAGGAACAAGCAGAUCCCAAAAACCUCCGCUGAAAUCUUCCCUCACCGUCCUCCUUCUUUCCAAUGCCCCAUUUCCCUCAUCUCUACCCCUGCCCCCCCACCUCUCUCCUGCUCCCUCCUCCCACAUCAGAGUGGCUACGUAAUGUGCCUCCCUACGCAUGCAAAUGGGGAUGCUACGAAUGGUGGCUGGGACUGAUGUCGAUGAAAGGGUGAUGCCUCGCGCAGUCACCUGCACCUCUGCUGCCACUGCCAUCAAUCCAGAUCAGCCUGGGAGAGCCCAGCAGCCGAUGACAACCACCCACAGUGCGAACACGGUCGUUUGUAGCUUGCUCGUGGAUGUAAAUGAGACAUGUGUAUGUGUGUGAAGGAGCACACUGGUUCCUGCCAUGUCUGGUGUGUGAUCGCUCUAGCGGGACGUUCUUACUAAUGCGGGGGAGGCACUGAGCCCGAGGUUUGUCGACCUCCCCCUGCACACACCCCCCUUCCCCCUUUCCCCUUCUCCCUCCUUCCCUCCCCCCCUUCCCUCCCACCCCAUUCCACCCCCCUCCCUCCAACCUUAUCCCGAGAAGCCCAAGGGGGGUGAAGACCACCUGGUUUAAAAAAAGAAAAAAAAAUAAGAUUUUAAAAAAAGGGGGUCACGAUGAAGAAGAACCGCAGCAGCAAUCUGCGGCGGGCCUGGCCCAGCUCGGAGCUCGCCGAACGCCCGCUGGAGCACAACCUCUCUCGUAGUGAGAAAGACAUCCGUGUGCAGAAGCAGCAUCUUCCUCCGCCUCCUCCCCCUCAUUUCUCUCCAUCCCCGCCAAGUUAUCGUGCGCCAGGUGACGUGUCUCCGAUCAGUAUGUCACCUAUCAGCCAGUCACAGUUCAUCCCGCUGGGAGAGAUCUUGUGCUUGGCCAUCUCUGCUAUGAAUUCUGCCCACAAGCCUGUCAACCAGGAGGCACUGGUGGAGCACCUCACUGCCAGCUUCCCAGGUGUGCCUACACCCAGCUCAGAGGUUUUGCGACAUACCCUAAACAUGCUGGUGCGAGAGAGGAAGAUCUACCCAACUCCAGAGGGCUACUUCAUUGUCACUCCCCAGACCUACUUUAUCACUCCUUCUCUCAUCAGAACAAACAACAAGUGGUAUCACCUGGAUGAUCGACUGCAAGAGCGUCCACAGCAGCAGCAGCAGCAGCAGCAGCAACAACAACAGCAGCAGCAGCAACAACAACAACAACAGCCACAGCAACAACCUCAGCAUUGUGCUACACCUCAGUCUGGCAAUGCCACACCAUCCACGCCUGGCUGUCUGAGGGAGAGGCCUCCUCGCAAGAAUAACAAUGAUUCGUACAAUUCCUAUCGCGAAGACCCAUCCAAACAUCACCCCCCUGCACUCCCGAGCAAGUCACCAAAGGAGCACAGGGGAGAUUCCUAUCAAAGUAAGCCACCCAAGGAUCACAGCGGCGGGGAUCCUCCGCCGAGUGCGUCAGCCAAGGAGCACCGAGGUGAGCCGCCAUCGUACCCCCAUCCCCCGGCUCCCACCUCUCCCCCUGCCCAGCAAUCGCCGUCUCAAGAUCCAGCUGAUAAGGGCAAAAGCAUCACUUCUUUCCCCUAUAAAACUGACACUCUGACCAAAAAGAAAGAAGGAAGUGGUGGGGGCGGCGGAAGCGGCGAGAAGCAAUCCAAAAGGUUCGGACUCAGGCUCUUCAGGCUGAGUUUUAAGAAGGACAAAAUGAGGCAGCUGGCAACCUUCUCAGCCCAGUUCCCUCCGGAGGAGUGGCCGCUUCGUGACGAGGAUGUGCCAACCACACCCAUCCCCCGCGAGGUGGAGAUGGAGAUCAUUCGCAGAAUCAACCCCGAACUAACGGUGGAGAAUGUUGCGAGACACACGGCUGUGAUGAAGAGGUUAGAGGAAGAGCGCACGCAGAAGAACAAGGCAGGGUCUUCAGCCCAGCACAGCGCACGCAGCAGGAGGGGCAGAGGCCACCGGAGGGCUCCACAUGGUAAGUCCCGCUCUCAUAGCAAACCGCGGACCUCCAGGGGAGACCCAUCUGAGGGUUCAAACUGGGAUCUUGUGUUCAUGGAAAGGGAUUACCGCUUCUUUAGCCACUCGUUAGUUCGCUCACCCCGAGAGGCUAUGUACACCUUGGAGCGCAGGCGAAGUGGCGGCGCGACAUACCUGGUCCACAGCAACCCCAACAUCACUGAGUCAUACUGCCCUGUUACCCCUGAGUGGGAUGUGUCUGGGGAGCUAGCUAAGAGACGGACAGAGAUGCCCUUCCCCGAGCCUUCACGUGGAACAUGCCAGUCCAGAGUGCAAAGGAGUCACAGUCACAAUCAGGACAGGAAGUCUCGUCACGAGAGGUCAGAUCAGGCGAAAGAACGAUCUCGGUCCAUGGACAAUUCUCUAAAAGGCCCGUCACUGGGUGCACCAGAAGACUUUGAACCAAGUCUGGAGGAGCGUAGUCAUUACUACACUGAUGAUGGCACCCUGCGGGCCACGCAGAAGUCCUCCCAUUACUCAAGGAUCAUGUUCUCUGCUGCUAAGUUCCACUCUGAUUUCAAUGUGCCUGAUUUGGGGAAAGGGAGUUUGGAUGAGUCAAGGAUCCGGAGUACAAUGGAGAGGAACAAAAGCAGAGACAGCCUGCCAACGUACAAUGAGCUAAUGGGACUUUCUUCUAAGCCCUCAACAGAUGAGUACUUCCAGUGCAAUACGUCAAAUGAAACAAUCUUAACUGCCCCUUCGCCUCAGGCAAAAUCAGAAUAUGACACAUUAACCUCAUCAGGGGGACUCCGAAAGGGCUCUCCGGCUGACCGCCAAACGCCUCACCUCACCUCUCCUCACACGAUGGAGUACAAAGAGGACUUGUCGGCAGCAAAAGGACAGAACGGCUCAACGCGACUGACGCCAAGCCAGACGCCGGAGCCGGCGCAAAAUGCCCGUUUGACGCCACACCAACACAAUGUAGAUCCCGGAGGGGGAGGAGGUGGUAUGGUGAUCAAGAGGAAAGAAAUCUUCAGCAAGGACACUUUGUUCAAACCUCCACACAAUGCCUUGUCCAGCGGCUACGUGGACAGCAGCUACACCAAGUCUGGCACAUUGCGGAAAGCCUCACAUGCCAAAUCAACAGAGGCCCUAGACAAUCCUGAGCCCCAGCAGCCUUCCAAUUCAGCGACUUCCUCAGCGUCACCUGCAGUUUUACAGGGCUGCUUAGAGCCAACAGUCCCCUCCGCCUCCUUUGACUAUUAUAAUGUAUCCGACGACGAGGACGAGGAAGAGCCAGAGGAGGACUCGCACAAAGAGUUGGCUUCGGCAGAGGACAACAAAGACCACGGGGAAGGGGGUGGUAAUGGUGGAGGCAGUGGUGGUGGUGGGGAGGGAACCAUGCAGUGGCUCCUGGAACGGGAGAAGGACCACGAUCUGCAGCGAAAACUGGAGACCAAUCUGACUUUACUCAGCCCCAAGGAGACAGAGAACAGCAGCAGCCAGAAGUCAGCCCACUCUGCCCGUUUGGACAGCAUGGACAGCAGCAGUGUCACGGUGGACAGUGGAUUCAACUCCCCCAGGACACGUGAAAGCCUUGCAUCCAACACAUCCAGCAUAGUGGAAAGCAAUAGACGGCAAAAUCCAGCGCUGAGCCCCGGCCACAUUGGCACCAGUAGUAUCGGACUGCCAUUCAGCUUUCGCACCAUCCCAGAGCCCCCCACCACACAGCCUGAGAAACUCCAGAAGUCAUCGAACUGCCUGGCCUCCAUCACCAGCGUCUGACAGGCAGCACAGACUGAGACCAUAACGGUGGUGGAGGAGAGAGGAAAGUGGGGUGCUUCACCAGUUUUUUCCACCCACGCUUUCCUCAACCAAUACACACACAUAAACACUCACACGCGUACAUCUUCAGACUCCUGAGAAUCCAUUUACUGGGACUGUUAUAAAAACAGGCAUGGCUUCAAUAGACUGUUCCCACAGCUUCAAGAACUUAACUGCAAAAAACAGAAGAAAAACUACAGAAUAUCCAGACAACUGUAGGUGAAGGAACCUACCUGAAGUACUUUGAUUUUGGUGACAUGGACUCUAGUUUGGCUUAUAUCAAGAUUCUUGACUAUUGGUAUUGGAAAGUAGUAGACUAUAGGAUUCAAGUUACAUUUGGAAAUAUCAAGGAAAAAAAACAACUUUUUAUAUUGCUUAACAAUACAUGUCCAAUUAAAUGUUCUCCUUCCUGAAAUAGUUCUUCAGGACGAUUUAAUGUAUCAGCACAAUGUCAAGAUAAUAAAAGUUGAUCCUGAGAACAACAAAUGAAAGAUAUUAACACAUAAAUCAGCUCAGAUUUGUGUACCGCAAUGCAAAUUAUGUAUGUAUACUCGAUACUUUUGAUAUCCUAAUUAUUAUAAUGGUGGUAUUAAAGAUGCUAUGUGACCAAAAAUGAUGUUUGGGUAAAAUUAGCUGCACCUCACCGCCCACACAGGCAUUGCAGAAGAUCAAACGGCUCUUGCAGCGCAGCGUGGUUUUGUGUCUGAUUUUUAGAGCUUUUCUUCAUAUCACAUGUGAUGUUCAGGAAAAAGCAGAUGUUUAAAUUUCAUUUUUGCCUCAGGACCUGAGUGUUGGCCUAAAAGCUGAAGUCAUAGGUAACCGCACUCUUUCAACGCUCAUGCUGAAGUUGUUUUGGAGCGCUCAGUAGUCUAAUCAUAAUAUUCCCGAGCAGAUGGAGUGUGUUACCUGUGUUUUAUCUGCUUAAUGAAAGGUAAAAAUGUGUUGCAAUUUGGGAAAAAUUGGGCAGAUUUGCAAUAGCUGAAUCAGUUGUGGAUUUUUGUGAAAAUUUUUGUUGGUACUUUUAUUCUUUUUUAAAUUUCAGUAAGUAGGUCGUUCCUGUGGCUUACACGUUAGCCUGCCAAGCAAAAGAUCCAUGGCGUGAUUCCACAAGGAGAUGCACAUCGUUUUGGGGUUACAUCUGGUGUAAAUCUCAAACGUGCUGUGGUGACGCCCUGCAAAUAAGAGAGUAGCUGACAGUCACUUAGUACAUAAAAGUUCCUGUUAAAAGUCUCAAACUGACCAGAGGUGAUUAAUCAGUUAACUAAAAAUCAACCUUUCUGAUGAAAGUUUUGGUUGAUCUUUGACCAAAAAAAUUCUAAAAACUUGUUUCUGCUCUCACUAUGUUUUUUCGAGAGGGCUUCUCAUAGUCCAUUAUUAGUCUCACAAAACGACUCACUGUGGGCUUUGAGUGGACUUUGAGGACUUUUGAUGAUCAGAUGGUAAAAAAGAGAAUAUUAAUUAGAUCAAUCAAUAAUGAAAUUCAUUAUUAGGUUUAUGCCUACACAUGGUGCACUAAGGCAGAGUACAUAAACUGUAUGAGUACAGCUACAGUAACUCAGCAGUUGUUGAUGUUUGUUUAGAGAAAAAAAAGGCACGGGGAUUUUCACUUUUUUUUUUUUUUUUUUUGACCACAAAAUCAGUCAUUUAUAACUCUAUAACACAAAAGGUGUCUUGCAAAGCUGAAACUGUAAGCCCAGCACUACUGCCUUAAAGGGCAUAAAGUCUUCCAACCAAGUGGGAGGAGCUGUAGUCUCUAUGGUAUUCAUUUAAAAAGCCUUUCCUCCAAUUCAAAACAAAAAUGUUUCAGAUCUCUAUCAGGUUUCAAAGCCUUUU